UGCGCACUGCUUCUCCAUGUGGGCUCCGGCAGUCAGCGGGCCCGGCUGAGCAGUGGGGCCGAGAACCCCUCGGCAGCAGGACCCUGACACCAGCUUAGCAGCCUCCGCCGUCCUGCUGUUGCCCUCCUCUCUCGGUCUUUUCUCCCAACGCACAUCGCCAUGGGCAAGAGCCGGACGAAGCGCUUCAAGCGGCCUCAGUUCUCUCCUACGGGCGACUGUCAGGCCGAGGCGGCGGCGAACGGGACUGAGGGAGAGGAGGACGACGGGCCGGCGGCGGAGCUGCUAGAAAAGCUCCAGCACCCGAGCGCCGAGGUCCGCGAGUGCGCCUGCGCGGGGUUGGCCCGACUGGUGCAGCAGCGGCCUGCGUUGCCGGGCCUGGCGCGUCGGGACGCCGUGCGCCGCCUCGGGCCGCUGCUGCUGGACCCCAGCCUGGCGGUGAGGGAGACGGCGGCCGGCGCGCUGAGAAAUCUCAGUGCUUGUGGAGGUUUUGAAGUUUGUGAUGACAUGGUGACUAAGGAUAUCAUGACUCCUCUGGUCGCACUGCUGAAAGAGUGUAGUGCCGGACUGGAUUCAAAUGAGAUGUCUCCACAGGAAAAAAAAGAUCAGAACAGAAAUUCUAUUGAGAACAUAGCCAAUGAGGCCAUGAAUGUGCUGUGGAAUAUAUGUGAAUGCAGUAGUAGAGCAGUAUCUAUAUUCAACAAAGAAGGGUGUUUGGAGAUUGUAUUAAAGUAUUUAAGUAGGUUUUCCACCAAUGUGGACCUGGCUAUUUCAGUAGCAUAUUGUUUGCAGACAGUGACUGAAGAUAACCCAGAGCUGCUGAACUCUUUCACUGCCCCAGCAUUGCAUGUACUGGAGUCAGCAAUGCUUUCUCCAGUCAGUUCCAUGGACUACAUUCUGUUAAAGACAUUGGUGGCAGGAACAGUUUGGAACCUAAAAGACAUUAUUCCAUCCAAGAGUCAGGCAGAAAUCAUAAAUGCCAUACUGAAGAUCUUAUCAGAAGUGUUGGAAGUGGAUGCUGGUGAAAUAGUUAUUCAAAUGAAGGAGGCCGAAACUCAAAGGUUAAAAGCGGCAGCAGAGACGGAGGAGAUACGAGAGAAUGCCAAUGGUGACAAUCUGAUUGAAGACGAUGAAAUGGAAGAAGUUCCUCAUAAAAGAAAAGUCAGAAGGAAAACUUUCAUUUCAGAUUUACUUCCACCCACUGACAAGGAACUGAGAGAAGCCAUGGCAUUGUUGACAGCUCAGCAGACUGCUCUGGAAAUUAUCGUCAACAUGUGCUGCAGUGAAGAUCCCUCCGACGAUGAGUGGGAAGAGCUUUCUAGCAGCGAUGAGAGUGAUGCAUUUAUGGAGAAUUCCUUCAGCGAGUGUGGUGGCCAGUUGCUCUCUCCCCUCUGCCUCUCCCAUGAGGUUCACACCGCUUUCACCAACUACCUCAUCCCAAAGAAGAUUUUUGAGAAAACUGCCUUUCCAAACAGCAUUGCAGUUGACCUAUGUUCUAGAAGUCCCACUUGGAAAUCUUUGGUUAGAAAGAUGAACACUAUUCAGUGCAGAGCCCUCGUGUGUCUCCAGAGUCUCGUAUCCCUCCUGGAUGUGGACCAUCUGGGGGGAGCCGCAGCUCUUCAGACACUUGCACAACAUCUGUCACAGCUGCUUUUUUCGCAGCCAGAUUUUGCUAAGCAUGUUGACUUUCUAGAAGCCAUAAGUAGUGCCUUGAGGGCCCUUUUGCAAACAAUGGCCUCCAAGAACAUUUCUCAGUGCAUGACUCCCGAUCAGCUGAUGACAUUGUGCACAGCCGGCAUUCAUAGUAGUAAUACAGGGGUGAGAGUAAAUGUUGUUAGUAUUCUAGGAAUCACUGGCAGCGUCCUUGCCAAAGAAGAUGGAACACUGGAAACUCUUAAGACCAUCGGGUGCUUUCUGCUUGAGGUUGCCACUAAAGAUCCCUCCCUCGUGGUGGCAGGGGAAGCCUUGGAUGCCCUCUUCGAUGUUUUUGCAGAUGGGAAAGAAGCUGAAAGGGCCUCAAUUCAAAUUAAACUGUUGUCUGCUCUGAAAGAAUUCCAGCCAGUCUUCAAAACGAAGCCCCCUCCUGAUGUAUGCUUAUGUUGGCUACUGCACACAAAGCAACUUUGGAAGAUUCUUAUUCAGAGAUCUUUGUGCACACAUGCAAACAUGGCACAGGGAGAAGAUGCCACUUUCAAGCCAGGAAGAGAGGUCUCACCAGAAACCAACCUUGAUGGCAUCUUGAUCUUGGUCUUCCAGCCUCCAAAACUGUGAGAAAAUGCAUUUCUGUUGUUGAAACCACUCAGUCUCUGGUUUUCUGUUACGGCAGCUGGAGCCAAGUUAAUACACUGGGUCAAAGGAUAUCCACAUUUUAUAUUUGAUAGAUAGGACCAAGAUAGUCCUCUAAAGCUUUUUCUCCACUUUAUUUUUCCAUGGACAGUGAAAAAGACUAGUUUCUCCCAUACCCUCACCAGCACUGGGUAUUAUUAUACUGUUUAAUCUUUGACAAUCUGAGAAACACAGAUUUUUGUGUAUUGUAAUUCAAAUGGGUGCUUGAAGUUGAAAUUUUUCCAAAUGUGUGUGUGACUUCUAAUGAGUGAAGUUUUUAUCUUCCUACUCUAACCCUGGAAGCACAUUAUACGGUAUCACAUGAAGGCGGGUCCAACUCCACAGGGACAUUUCAAGAAACUUUCUUAUGCACUUUCCUUUUUUCUUGCUUCUUGCAUAUUUUAUGAGUUGGAAUGGCUACAAAAG